CAUCCCCAACGAGAACAACAUGUUCAACGUGUUCCUAAAUGUUUAUAAAGUUUUAAAUUUUUAAUGACCAAGAAGUAAGAAUUGUUGAAUACUCAUAUCCCAAUUUGCCAGUUAUUAAAAACUCAAAAGUUUAUCUGUUUGUAGGCAGCAGAUGAGUAGCUCAGAUGAUGAUCAUCUAAGAAAGUCUCUUAAUUCGGCCGUUUUGCUUUGUUGACUCUUUAGUUAACUCAAAGGCCAAAUUUUCCAUAAUUCCUACCGACCCUUUUUUUCCUUCUUAUCCAAAUCUUCUCAAGUAUAUAUACCUUUUCUUUUCUCUCUCUUUCAAUAAUUCUUUUUCUUCAAGUUAUACACUUCAGGAAGAGGUUUUCAUAGCUUGCAGAACAAGUGGAAGAAGAGGCAUGAGUCAACCUAAAAUUAAGCGUCGUGUGGGUAAAUAUGAGGUGGGAAGGACUAUUGGGGAGGGGACAUUUGCUAAAGUGAAGUUUGCAAGAAAUUCUGAGACUGGGGAACCUGUGGCACUUAAGAUCCUUGAUAAAGACAAGGUUCUCAAGCACAAGAUGGCUGAACAGAUCAAGCGGGAAAUAGCAACAAUGAAGUUGAUAAAACAUCCAAAUGUUGUCCGUUUAUAUGAGGUGAUGGGCAGCAAGACAAAGAUAUUUAUUGUUUUGGAGUUCGUUACUGGAGGAGAGCUCUUUGACAAAAUUGUAAAUCGUGGACGGAUGAGAGAGGAUGAGGCAAGGAGAUAUUUUCAGCAGCUCGUAAAUGCUGUUGAUUAUUGCCAUAGCAGGGGUGUCUACCAUAGGGAUCUGAAGCCUGAAAAUUUACUAUUGGAUGCUUAUGGUAACCUCAAAGUUUCUGACUUUGGAUUGAGUGCACUGUCUCAGCAAGUCAGGGAUGAUGGUCUCCUUCACACCACCUGUGGAACGCCAAAUUACGUUGCUCCUGAGGUCAUUAAUGAUAGAGGCUAUGAUGGGGCAACUGCAGACCUCUGGUCGUGUGGCGUGAUACUCUUUGUGUUGCUUGGAGGUUACUUGCCUUUUGAUGAUUCUAAUCUUAUGAACCUGUAUAAAAAGAUUUCAGCAGCUGAAUUCACUUGCCCCCCUUGGCUAUCUUUUAGUGCAAUGAAAUUAAUAACUCGAAUCUUGGAUCCAAACCCAAUGACGCGCAUUACCAUUCCUGAAAUUUUGCAAGAUGAAUGGUUUAAAAAGGAUUACAAACCUCCAGUGUUCGAGGAGAAAAACGAUACGAACUUAGAUGAUAUAGAAGCUGUUUUUAAGGAUUUUGAAGAGCACCAUGUAACAGAAAAGAGAGAAGAACAACCGACAGCUAUGAAUGCUUUUGAGUUAAUUUCCCUGUCAAAGGGGUUAAACCUUGAGAAUCUGUUUGAUGCAGAACAGGGAUUUAAGAGAGAAACGAGGUUUACAUCUAAAUUUCCUGCUAAUGAGAUUAUCCAUAAGAUUGAGGAAGCUGCAAAGCCUCUCGGGUUUGAUGUCCACAAGAAAAACUAUAAGAUGAGACUGGAGAAUUUGAAAGCUGGGAGAAAAGGAAACCUUAACGUGGCUACGGAGAUAUUUCAAGUAGCACCUUCUUUACAUAUGGUUGAGGUGCGAAAAGCAAAAGGGGACACAUUAGAAUUCCAUAUGGUACCACUUAAUUCUCUCAUUAUAAUUUCAUUUCACUUUCUAAAUAUAUUGUGUUUUCCUUUUUCUUGUUUUUCCAAUUUGGACAAACUAGUGAUGAGAGUUAUGUAAUGCCAUAGCAUUUGUUACAAAGUAGAUAAUUUAUUCUCCCCUAAUGAGUGAUUUGCUCAUAGCCAAUGGAAAUUGAGUGAUCUUCUUUUCCAGCAAACAGUGUUGGUUAAAUGUCGACGGAAAGUGCCAAAUGACUUUGCUUUCUUUCGUAAUUGUUAGAUUUGUGGUUGUUUAGUGCAUGAUGAGAUUCUAAUUACGGAUGCAAACAAUGUGUAUUGCAUCAAAAUUCAUUCUGCAAGUCCUCAGAUUGACAUGAUGACAUUAUAUCACUUAAAGCAGCAUACCUUAGCAACACAAGCAUCUUAUAUGUCAAUAAUGUCACCACAAAAGUUGUUUGUUAUAUCAGUAAGGUCAAGAUCUCUCUUUUUAUGAUCAAAGCUUUCAAUUUAAAAAUACAUAUGCUCUAAUCUGCUUGCUCAAACCAAGUAUCAGAGGAUUCAAACAGUGUUUGAUGAAUAUGCAACUGCUAGAAGAAAAGUUUUUAGCAACCUGUCAGGUGGUCUUUAAGUCUCAGUAAAUUUACUUGCAGUCAAUUUCUUGCCUGUUCUAAAAUCUUUCAACCUGUUUUUCUUAUGCAGUUCUAUAAAAACCUAUCAACCUGUCUUGAAGAUGUUGUAUGGAAAACUGAGGAGGACAUUCAAGAAGUAAAGUAGACGCAUGCCUGCCCAUAUU